GAGGCGCGGUGAAGGUGGAGUGUGAGGUGGGUGGUGGUCGGUGGUCGCUGGAGGCAGGUGGCCGCUCUCUCUCACACCUCACGAGUGACCCAACAUUAUGGGCCACUGAACACCUCAACUCCUCUCUUCCACUCAAACAUGUAGACAUGACCGUUAAGGACAUCUUGAUGCUUCUCUAUAUACUGCCAGGACUGUGUGAAGCUUUUCAACAAGAUGACACUAUUUUCGUGGAUAUUCAUGACAAUGUGACACUUCCCUGCCGCCAUGAUACCCACAAUAAUACAGAGAACGGAACGUACUGGUUUCGACCAGGGAAGCAUUGGCCGAACGAGGAAGUCCUUCCAGAUGGUUCAAUAUUUGUGGCCAAUGUUACGAAAAAUGCCUAUUUUAAGUGUAUGCUGUCCGAGACUUCUGAAAUCAUCAGCUCCAUUCGAUUGGUAGUGAGAGGCCCACCAGAUCCACCAGAGAAUGUGGUCAUCAAACCAUCAGCCGUGACAGCUAUUGUGACUUGGCACCUACACCUGAAAGAAGAAUGGGAAGGUUUCCUGGAAGGGCCCAAGACCACAUUUCAUCUACGGUACCGACCACUGCUAAAUUCUCAGUGGCUGGUUUUGCCACACCACAUAGCACCAUCACAGGGCCUGUUAGAAGUCUAUAAAUUGAAACCCAACACUACUUAUGAGUUUCAGCUGUGGACCUCAAAUAGCUAUGGAGAGAGUGAAAUUGUCAAGGUUGUCACCACAACUCAUCCUUUUGUAUCAGAUAUUGAACUGGCUAAAAUGUUAGAAGAAACAUUGGAAGAGUUCAGCCCUAGUGUGUGGAUUGUUGCUGUGGUAGUGGUAUUGGUUGUUGCUACUGUCCUGGCAAGUUUUCUUCUAGUCAUUUAUUAUUUUAAGAAAUCAGAAGACACGGAUGACCAUGAAAGGAUUGAACUAAUUCCGCAUAUCUUUGAGAAUCCUGGAUAUCAAGUGGAGCAUUCUCAAAGUCUUGAAACAAUACACGAAAGUAUUCUUUCACCUUCAACAAGUGCCAAGAGUGCUGCUGCUACUGUUUAAUUAUUGUUUACUUAAUUUGUUUGGGCAUUGUCAUUUUAGUGUAUAGGAGUUAUUUAAAACUUAACAAUUCCUCUCAUUUGCCUCAUAAUAUAUGAUGAGAGAGGGAUUAGAGGCAUCUGUCCUAUCCUUACAUGUUAUGCUCUUUGAAGAUAAAGCACAAAAUUUCUGAGUAGUUAAACUGCAGACCUCAACUUGUCUCAGGGUUUCUAAAACAUGGAAGAGUUGACCCAUAAACCUGCAUUACUUAUGGUAAAAGUAAACAAAUGUACCAUUCAGUGGAGCAAGAUGAGUGGUGCUAGAAUGUGUGGGGUUUUGGGGUAAAUACCAUCAACAGAAAGAAUCAAGGAAACCCUUUGCACUCCAUUGUCUAGUAUAUAACCAUUGGAAUUUAUAGACUGCUUUACUUAUAAAAAUGUGUGUGAACAUUUAAUUAUAAUAUUACAUAAAUAAUUUUCAACAAAUGUUGAUGUAAUAAUCAACGCCUGUAUAUUUACAUAUGAAAGGCUGUUAUUUACUCUGAAAGAAAGUAGUAAACUUGAGCAUCUUCCUCAGUUCAAUAGCCGCUAUAUUUGUAUAGGUGUUUCAGCGGCAUAACAAAUGGAGAAUCCUCCAUUAAUAUUAAAUGAUGGGCUUCCCAGCUAAGACCAAGUUGACAAUGAUGGCUGUUACAUUGGCCAGUGUUCACCUGAAGGAAAAUAGCCAAAUAGGAUAUCAGGAUAUAUAGAAAGAAAUUAAUGAAACAUACUAAACCCAAACAUAAUUUUGUGGUGAUAACAUAUGAUACAGUAUAUAAAGUUCGUGUGAGUAAAAAUAAAUGUUGGGAUUCCGAUAAAACUACACUAAUGUACAAAUUUUAAUUGUUUAAAGAUUUUAAAUUUUAAGGCAUGUUCUUGAGUGAUUAAUUUCAAAGCAAAUAUUAACCAAUGAAAUUCAAGUAGCUGUUUGGAACAUUUUACUUACUAGCAAUAUUUGUGCUUCACAUUGCUCAAUAGGCAAGUUAGUAUGACGUAUCUGCUUCCUGUCAUAUAUUACAGUAUAUUGAAAAUGCAUCCCAUAAAGGUUUCAUUCAGCUGACAUUCUGUAAUAAGAUAACUUGCUGCUGAAAACUUUUUGGUAUAUAUUAGUUGUUAUUGUAAUAUUAUUAUUUUUAUUACAGUAUUUGAAAAUAUGGAACUUUUGCAACAAUUAUACAAUAUAUUAUAUUACUUAGGUAAGCAAGUGCAGACAAAUGUCAUAGCCACACCUUUCAGUAUGAAGCAAGGACUUAACAAAUGCAUAUGAAAUAUAUAUAAUUGUUUUGUCUUAUGUAAUGAAGUAACAUCUACAGCAUAAUGAAGUAACAUCUACAGCAUAAUGAAGUAACAUCUACAGCAUGCUCUCACUAACAAUGAGAACAUAUGAAAAUAAAAAAAGUGUACACAACUUCCAUAGUAGACUUGGAGAAAAUUAAAAAAUAAAUUGUCAACACUGGGUUGACCAUCCAAAUGUCUUCAUUUUACUUUCUGGGGGCAAGGCACCGUGUUGGGUGAGGCUGUAUCAGGGGGCAAGGCACCGUGUUGGGUGAGGCUGUAUCAGGGGGCAAGGCACCGUGUCGGGUGAGGCUGUAUCAGGGGGCAAGGCACCGUGUCGGGUGAGGCUGUAUCAGGGGGCAAGGCACCGUGUUGGGUGAGGCUGUAUCA